AGCCGUAUUGCUCAGUUACUGUACAGCUUUCGGAUGAACGUCUUCAGUUGUAGCCUUCAUCCACUCCGUCCGAUUCCUCUAGGGCUCGUUCAGUCGCCAUGUCGCGUUUUUCUGACGUCUAGAGUGUCGGUAGCGCGUCGAACGUUUGCUACGGAUUCUCCUCAGGAAAAGCCCCCAAAGCCCAAGGCUUCGACACCGCUCCGUCGAGCAGCGUCCGCGUCCCUGCCAAUCCGUUCCAACCCGACGCCGACGCGCAGCUCAAUCCAGCCCGUGUUCACCCUGACGACAGCAGAGCGUUAUGCACUUGGCCGGCUGCCUGCGUACCUCCCUCCGAACGCACGGUCGCUGCACGAUGCGUGGUGGGUGCCAAAGUGGGGCACAGACGAGAAGGAGGGAGAGAUCUUCGUGUUUGGGAAUGGUAGCAUCGUGUGCUGGGGCCUUGGAGAGACGGAAGCAGAACGGUUUGCGCGAAACGUGGUUGCGAGGGCGAAGGCAGAGAUUGGGUCAUUGAGGGAGCCAGAGACGGAGGACUUGGAGUUCGUCACGGAUCCUUCGGAGUGCGCUGUCCUUUACAAGAAGACUCGUCUGCAAGGUGAUCUAAUCAUCCUUGGUCAGACUCCAACGCCAGAGUCCGAAGACACCAUGCCCGUAGACCUCCCGCCGUCCGCCUUGCCACAAGAGACACUCUUAGCCCGAUACUCUUAUUCUCAAGCUCUCGCUCGGUCUACUGCACUUUCGGCUCUUGAAGUCUCUUUGGAAGUCUACCUGUCGUCGAUGGCGCAGCUUCCGGAUUCGCUCAUCCGCACUGGUCGACCUGGGCUUGGACGCAUUGCCCUGGUCAAGAAGCUCGGCGAGCUGCUGAAGUUUAGACAAGGUUUGAACCUCAACAGCGAGAACUUCUACGAUACACCAGACCUCUAUUGGGCCGAGCCAGUGCUUGAAGGAUAUUUCAACGCACUUAGCAAUGCACUUGAGAUGAGGGCACGAAUUCGAUCUGUGAACGACAAGAUCACCUAUGCUGCAGAGAUGCAAUCAGUCCUCCGCCAAUUGCUGACUGAGACCUCGGGACAUCGUAUGGAGCUCAUCAUUAUUCUCUUAAUCGCUGUCGAGGUGGUUAUUUGUCUCAUACGAGAUGGGCCCGAGCUGUGGCAUAUGAUCACAGACGAUACUGUGGCCGAGACCCAGACGCACGAAAAGCGUAGGGUACAUUAAUUAACCCCGUACUUCCUCCUAUAUCUACAUACUGUACCGUCUUCUCGCAUCUUCUCUCCCCACUCAAAACCACCCCUCUUCGGCGUAUAAUACCUCCCAUAUUAUUAUAGACAGUUUCCGAUUCUAAGUACGGAUGGCUGAGUUGGAUUGUCGAUUAUCCGCGGAAACCCAGGGUCUGCAGUUC